UCAGGUAUCAGUUCACGAAGAAACAGCAACAAAUAUGGUAUUUAAGGUAGUAUUGUUCGUCGCAUUGGUCGGUGUUGUAUCCGCUGAGCACGCGUUCUCCUCCCAACACAUCCACAAGUACGACGGUCACCACGAGCCCGUACAUCACGGACACCAUUAUGAUUACUAUACUCACCCUAAAUUCGACUUCGAGUACAAAGUGAGCGACCCUCACACCGGCGACCACAAGAGUCAGCACGAGUCCCGCGACGGUGACGUCGUCAAGGGAUAUUACUCGCUGCACCAACCUGACGGCUCCAUUAGACAUGUCGACUAUCACGGCGAUCACCAUUCUGGGUUCCAUGCUGAUGUGAAAUACAGCACUCAUCACAUUAUCCCGCAUCACCAUCAUUACUAGUGUUCAUUAAUAUUUUGAAAUGUAUUUCUACUUUCUGUUCUUCCAAAAUCAAUUUCAGAAAAAUAAACUACAAAUAUUUAA